ACGCGCACAUAACGGAAGUUUAGACGGUUGCUCUGGGUGAACGGAGUGAGCCUUGACAGCAUCGCAUCAAACAAGAAAUACAAAAAUCACUCCCCCUAAAUUAACCCAGUCUCCCCCCCUUUCCCUCACCCAUGGCGUCCAAUUCUAAUAUCGAUAUUGAGGGUGCGACCCAGCAUCUCCGGGACAUCCUCAAGCUCGACCGUCCCGGCUCCGAUGCACAAUCAAGUGAUGGUCAGAGAAAGCCAUCUUUUAAUGGAGAGCUAAAUGGGUUAUUAGGAACAGCCGGCCUCCUAGGGGGUGAUCUGUCAACCAUGUCAGAUUCUACCAGACCGAUCUCCACAGACAUCAGCAUCGCUCAGGAGAGCCAGAUAAUCUGCCUUUCUGGUGAUGAUGGGUCUACUUGUAUCCCCAUCACCUCCAACAAUGUGGAGAUUGUGGCGAGUCAAGACUCCAGCAUCAACAGCAAAGCUCGAGGUAGCAACAAGGUGAAGAUUCAGCCUGUUGCCAAGUAUGACUGGGAACACAAGUAUUAUUAUGGCAGACUGAUAGCUGUGUCCAACUCCUUCCUGGCGUACGCCAUCAGAGGAGCCAACAAUCAUGCUAUGAUUCGUGUCCUGAGUGUGGGUUUUGCUGAGCGCUCCCUGCUGAAGGGCUUCACCGGAGCCGUCACAGAUCUGGCUUUCGCCCACCUCGACUCCUCCCUGUUGGGUUGUGUAGACGAAGCUGGCAACCUGAUGGUCUGGCAGCUCACCUGCACUGGCAGCAAGAUACUAGAUCAGAUAGUGGUUCAUAUCCGACGACCAGAGGACACUCCACUGAACUCGCACCGUCGUCUCAUCUGGUGCCCGUUCAUCCUGGAUGACAAUGAGGAGAACCAGGAUGAUACCAGCCAGACCUUGGCCCUUCUACAUGAAGACAGGGCUGAGGUGUGGGACCUUGAGGUCUUGAGAGCCAACAACAGCAGUUGGCCUGUUGAUGCCACAGAUCUGAAAGAAGGCCUCAUCACAGUCAAGGGAUAUACCCAGCGAGUCAGUGAAGGUGCUCUAUCUCCAGAUGGAACGGUGUUAGCCACAGCCAGCUAUGAUGGAUACAUCAAGUUCUGGCAGAUAUACAUAGAAGGGGGCCAGGACAAGCCAAGAUGUCUUCAUGAAUUGCGACCUCAUGGAGGACGUCCCCUCUCCUGCCUUUUUUUCUGUGACAACCACAAGAGGCAGGACCCCGAGGUUCCCUUCUGGAGGUUUCUGAUAACUGGAGCGGAUCAGAACCAGGAGUUGAAGAUGUGGUGCACUGUUUCCUGGACCUGUUUACAGACCAUCAGGUUCUCUCCAGAUCCGUUCAACUCAACAGUUCAGCCAAGUCUGAAGGCGAGUCUGGAUCUCUCCGCUGAGUAUCUCAUCCUCACUGACGUACAGAGGAAGGUUCUCUAUGUGAUGGAGCUGCGGCAGGACCUGGAGAAAGGCAAGGCCAGUUUCACAGCUGUGUCAGAGUUUCUUCUGACCCACCCUGUGCUCAGCUUCGGGGUCCGUGAUGUCACUCACAGCCGUUUGCGACACACUGAAGUCCUCCCUGCGGAGGAGGAGAGCGAGAGCAUGACAACAGAAGGCACUCAAGGACCCACAGAGUCCAAGUCUGGGAUCCAGAUUAAACUCUACUGUGUUCACACCAAGAGUCUGCAAGAUGUCCAGAUCUGGUUCCAGCCCAACGUGGGCUCCAGCUCUGCAGUCUUCCUGCCCCAUUCUGAUUCUCAGGAUGGGUUUGCAUCGUUUUCUGACCACCUGACAGACCAGAGCUCUGACAAGGAAUCAGGGAGUGGCUCCCAGACAGACUUAAGGAAAAUCCCGUCGCUUCCUGCUCCCACUGACUUCCUGUCAAACUCAGCCACUGGCAGCGCGACGAUGCCCAAGCUGAUGACUCCCGACGCCUUCAUGACACCAAGCACUUCGGUACCGGCAUCCCCUGGCAGCAGUGCCAGCAGUCUGACCAUCGUAACAGCCAUCAGCAGUAACUCUGACUCAACUAACAGAGCUAUAGAUGAUGUCAGUCAGAGUCCCAACAGAGCAGAGAACAACAGCAGCAGUAGUUUGGCUCUCUCUGCCUCCACCAGCAGCCCAAGAGCCGCUACUGCUGUACUGCUGCCUGGACUGGAGAACCUGCAGGCGUUGGCAUCCCCUAGCGGUCCUCUCGCUCUCGACAGCCCUCAGGUUCUUGAUUCUCCCCUCCUGCCACCGUUGGCCUCCCCAACUCGUGCCCGCUCGCCUGAUGUCAUCUCCUCAGCUUCCACAGCCAUGUCCCAGGACAUGCCGGAGAUCGCAUCCCAGACUCUGCAACCUCAGCGUGGUCUUGUGUGCAGCUUGGAUCCCUUACCUCUUUCCGCUCUCCAGACAGACAGCAUGGCCUCAGCUGCCUCUGCCCUGCACCUGCUCACCUCUCCUCGCACAGCCAACAACAAUAGCCUGCUACCCCUUGAACUCGGAGGUGCAGAAGGGCCGGUUGGCGGGUCAGUAGAGUCAGAGCCCAGACUCAGCCACACCCCGUCUCUACUUGAGACGGCCUUAUCGCACGAAAACCCUGCAGCGGGAGGAGGAUCCUCAGAUGGUAGUGUUAGCCACACACCUUGGCCAGCUGCACCUGACAUCACCAGGGAAACCAGGAACAGUCUACGGGACAACGGCCUUGGAGACUGCUCAAGAGAAGAGUCGAAGGACAGACUGCUGAGUUCACCUUACCCUCGACGUUCCUAUCACCUCACACAGAAUGACAGUCAGGACCCCGGUGCCGAGCAGAGUGACCCUGAUGAUGAGGUGUCCAGCCUGGCAUCGUCCUCUGGGAACUGUGGCGCUCGCUCUUCUCACAGACUACCAGUUAAGGAUUGGAAGACGUCACCACGAGGCUCGCCAAAACAAAAGAGAAAGAACAAGAAAGAUGACAGUGAAUCAUCUCAGUCGAAGCAUAUGGACUCUGGUCAGAUGAAUACAGAAGUGCAAGAAGAGUUGUUGAUGCUUCUGCGUAGCCAGCAGAGGGAGUUAACUGAACUGCGUGGACAGAUUGAAGCCAUGCAGAGCUCCAUCAUGGCCCAGGUUGAGCACGUCCUGACCAACCACCAGGAACAAGAACAGCGCAGACUAGAGCGAGUCCUGGCAGAGAGUCGGAAUCAUCAGCAGCAGCUUCAGGAACAGCUCAGCCAGCAGCUCAGCCACGCCCUCUGCUCUGCCCUCACUAACAGAAUGGACAAAGUGCUACGAGAGGAAAUGAAGAAAACAGUUCCACCAACAAUCACCAAGAGUCUGGAGCCAGUGACGGGUCAGCUGAACAACACAAUCGCUGCUAAACUGACUGCUGUGGAGGUCACCCUGAAGGACAAUGUCAGCAAGGUGGUCAAAUCCAAGAACACGACGGAUGCGAUUGGUCGAGCAGCAGCCGAAGCGAUGCAGGGGCCCAUCCAGGCAGCCUAUAAAGAUGCCUUCCAGAGCAUCGUGCUGCCUGUUUUUGAGAGAGGCUGCCAGUCCAUGUUUCAACAAAUCAAUGACAGCUUCAAACAAGGAACACAAGAAUACAUCCAGCAGCUGGAGACCCACAUCAAGAACAGAAAGCAGAGAGAGCAGGAGACACGAGACCCCAUGAUCGGCCAGCUCCAGCAGAUGAUCGACAGCUUCCAAAGCUCCACGGAUCAGCUGGCCAAUAGCAUCACCACUAAUGUCCGGGCUGAGGUCCAACACCAGAUCCAGAUGAUGGUGGGAAAUUUGCAGGAGUCUAUUCUUAGCCAUGUGCAGCGCAUUGUAAAAGGGGAAGUGAGUCUGGCAAUGAAGGAGCAGCAGGCAGUGGUCACCUCCAGCAUCAUGCAGGCAAUGAGGUCAGCGGCCGGCACACCCGUCCCCACAGCACACCUAGACUACCAGACGCAGCAAGCUAACAUCCUGCAGCUGCUCCAGCAGGGACAGCUCAACCAGGCUUUCCAGCAGGCUCUGUCAGCAACAGAUCUGAACUUGGUCUUGUAUGUGUGCGAGACCAUCGACUCCCAGCAGGUGUUCGGUCAGCAUCCCUGUCCUCUCAGCCAGCCCGUGCUGCUGUCGCUCAUCCAGCAGCUCUCCUCCAACCUGUCUACCCGCUCUGAGCUCAAAAUCAGUUACCUGGAGGAUGCAGUGAUGAAUCUGGACCAUGGUGAUCCUCUGACAAGAGACCACAUGGCCUCCAUGCUGGCCCAGGUCAGACCGAAGCUCUUCGCCUUCCUGCAGCAGGACCCCCACAGCCCGCUCAGCAAGAGGGCGCGGCGCCUGAUGAUGAUGCUGCAGGGACUCGUCAACCACUAAUCCUUGAUUCAAAGUCUGGUGCAGAAGAGUCGUUUCCUCACAUUACAGAUCAUGAGCCCAUUUUGUUAAAGUUUCCACCAAUGUUUUAGAGGAGAAGGGGAUCCUCCGUAAGCACCAAGGACAACUUCACCCCAGUUUGAGCAGGUUCGUGCUUGUUGAGACGACAGAUGAUGAUGUCACUGCAGCAUUGGGGAGCUGAAGCUGAAAGCAAGGAAACGAAAAGAGCAACAGGAAUUUUGGGAUUAGGUGGUAUUUUACUGGCUGGAGAUUAGUUUUAGACCUCAAGAGGAGCCGGCCCCCCCCUGUCCCUCACCAUAACUCUAAGUCUCUCCCCUCCCUUUCUACCCCCCCCUUUCCAUUUCCUCCCAUUCCUACUGCUCUACCUGCACCAGUGAAGUGUCAAGUAAGGAAAUAGAAACUGUUUUUGUUACUCUCUUUCUUUUUUUUUUUCUUUUUUUUUUUCCUCCUUGACAUACCUUCAAUGCAAGACAUUAACGGUCUGGACAGAAAGAUUGUUCUUGAUUUCUGUUUAAGUUCACUGUAGAUUCUUCCAGACCUUUAUCUCUGCUGCUCCCCCUCACAAGAGGCAUUCCGGUUUGUCUCUGUGUUCCUUUUAUUCCCAUCAAGACUGUCUCAGAAACGACAGACGGGAGCGUCUGAAAACUCCCCGCUGGUCCCCAUCUCCCAGUUCAACAGCGCAGACACAUAAUUCCUGACACUUCUCUGAUCUGUCACUUCAUCCAAAUGCGCAGAAGACUCAAAGAAUGUUCAGCUGAGUGGUCGACGAGACCAUACGUCUUUAGUUCUACCGUGUUCCUCUGACCCGCCAGUCAGACAAUGUUAAGUUUGGGGAUACUGAACAAGCUGUGAUGCAGGGGCUACUUCUGAGAAGGAACAAAAACAAGCUAAAAGAAGACAUGUUUCGCCUCCUAAUGUCAUACCGUAUCUCCGGCUUAAGAGCAAACAGCAGGCUUGGACACAUUUUUUUUCUAGAGCCAACUUAGAGUUCCGUUGCUGCAGGAUUACGCCGUCCUCAGUUUUCAGUUCUUUAAACAACCAAGCUAAUCCCGGCAACCAAAAGUAUGAAACAUCCAAAGCCAUUUUACGUUUCCUUUUCAGUUAUUUCUUAAUAGGUUGGAGAUGACAACCUUGCCAGGCCAAAUCCUUUUCAGUACUCUUCACAGGAUCAACACAAUAAAUUGUUUCACUGAAAGUUAGUUUGUUCCUGUUUUUGGAAGUAUUCAGGAUGAAAAGCAUAUCUCAUUAUAAUUUUCCCAUCUGGCCUUGUUUUCACAAAUCAUUCUAAUGAGGCUUCCUGAAGGAUACAAAUAAGAUUAAAGGAUGAGAAAUAACUAAAAAAAAAAAACACACAUUUUUGAAAUGUAAUAAAUAUUUUCAAAGGUCCUCCAGGCUGAACAGAAUUCCCCUUUGAAAUCUGAAAUGUUUGGAGCCCAACAUCGAGGUUGGCAGCCGUCCAUGUGUACAGCUCUGUCCUGUAAAUUGAUCAGACUACUCUCCCAUGUUUUCUUCUCUGUCGCUCCCCCUUUUUUUAUAUAAACAUUUAGUAUUUGUAAGACUUGUAUACUUGCUUUAAGAGUCGUCAAACUAGUUAUAAAACAUAAUAAAACACUUCCUAAACAUAAUUAUUACUGUUGUUUUAUCAGGAUAUUCCAAAUAAUGUUUGUAAACUUAAUGUGCAGUUACUUCUUUCAGGCUCUAGGAGGCAGCACGUAGUCAGACUGCAGCUAUUCACCCUGCUUGUCAUUUAGGUUUUCAACUCAGAAAUCAUUCCUGUUCUUGCAGCGUCUGAAAAGCCAGCCUUUAGGUUGUAAACGCACCAUGUAUCCAUGUUUUGAAAGUGUACGAUCAUUUGUGUACAGCCCAUUUACAAGCAUCAUCGUUUAACCGCAGGGUGGUCACACUGAUUUGAUGACUGUAAAAUAAAAGUUCUCGACAGCUGUGUUUAGAAUCUUAAGUUGGAUUUGUCUAGCAAGUGCCUUAUUGUAUUUUAUCUGUUUUACUCGGACAUCUGAUCCCAUUUGGGCCUUUAGAAAACUUCUAAUAUUCAAGCAUUACCCCAUAGUUUCUGCAGUUCUAUUAUUAACUUUUACAAGCAUUUAUGUCAUGAAAAGGCAAUUUGUGGUUGGCUCUAAAGUAAGGCUCAAGCAGCGCAGCGAAGGAGAACCUGUACGUUUAGUCUGCAAACAUUUUGAUUAUGGAGGCGAUUGAUUCGGACAGAUAUUUGAAUGUUUCAUUUCAGGGUGUGAAAGAGAGAAGUACUAUUUUGACUACUACCAGCUUCACCUUUGCUUUGUUCUCAAGAGGAGGACACGUGGACUCCUGCUUCACCCUGAAUGGGAGCUGUGUGUGUGUGAGAAACACAACUGAAGCUUGUGUGUUUGUUUUUCCUCUCUUUCCAUUGUGUUCAUUCCCCCGCUUGGAUGGUUAUGUUGUAACUUUUACAGUUCCUUUUACCCUCAACAUUUUGGAAUAAAAAAGACUUGUUCGAA